AUGGCUAUUGACAAUCUGAUCGACUCGGUGUCUUUAUACGUGCCCCGUCCUGUCGCAUUUCAUGGAGCCAUCUUUCCGUUUGUUGUUCUCUACAUCUUGUGGUCGUCUGCUUGUUAUUUCACCGACAAUCUACUCGAUUUCUUUUUCGCUGGUAUUUUUGCCAUCGGUGUCGGCCAAAUAUUGUGUUCACUAAGCUGUUAUUGGUCGGUAUCGUUUAGAUGUCUAUUAUCGUGUCGACGUGUCACUUCCCCAAAGGGAGCUUCCGUGGUCAAAGUAUUACCUACUCCAAAUAAUGGAUUCACCGAAUUAGUGAUGUUAAAUACAUUCCAAGACCAAGACCUGAAAACCGUUACAUGGUUCAGGUACCAAGAAAUUAAAUAUAUAUGGAAUGAUGACAAGAAAUGUUUUCAUUCUUUAGAAUUUCCAAUUGCUAAUACAAUAGAACAAUAUGGGAAUUGUAAAGGCUACAAUAGCGAUGAACAAUUAUCUAGAGCUGUACAAUUGUAUGGUCGAAAUCGCCUUAAUAUACAAUUACCUAAGUUUAAUGAUUUGUUUAUUGAAAGGGCAACAGCUCCUUUUUUUGUAUUUCAAGUAUUUUGUAUUGCUUUGUGGUGCUUUGAUAAGUAUUGGUACUAUUCCAUAUUUACCUUAGCGAUGUUGGUACUAUUUGAAUGUACCUUAGUCAAGCAACAGUUACGUAACAUGGAAGAAAUCAGGAAUAUGGGUAAUAAACCAAUUCAUUUGCAUGUGUUUCGAAAUAAAAAAUGGCAGUCGUUGUUAAGUGAUGAACUUACGCCUGGCGAUAUUGUAUCUAUUACAAGAACCAAUAACGACCAAACUGUUCCUUGUGAUUUAUUACUCUUAAGAGGUUCAUGUAUCGUUGAUGAAAGUUUACUCACUGGCGAAUCUAUUCCGCAGAUGAAAGAAUCUAUUGAAAAUAUUGCCGAUCAUACAAGAAAUUUAGAUUUUGAAUCUGAUAAGAAAUUACAUAUUUUAUUUAGUGGUACAAAAGUAGUUCAACAUACUUCUCCUAUGAAAGCAACAUCAAGCGUGCGUGCCCCUCCAGACAAUGGCUGUAUUGCUUAUGUGUUACGAACCGGUUUUAACACAUCGCAAGGUAAUCUACUACAGACAAUAUUGUUUGGUGUCAAGCAUGUCACUGCAAAUAAUAUGGAAACAUUGGCAUUUAUUUUAUUUUUGUUAAUUUUUGCAAUUGCUGCAGCUUAUUAUUUGUGGAUUAAAGGCACUGAGGAUCCAAAUAGAAGUCGUUAUAAAUUAUUCCUUGAAUGUACCCUUAUUCUCACUUCUGUUAUACCUCCAGAACUACCUGUUGAAUUAUCAUUGGCUGUAAAUUCAUCAAUUUUGUCCUUAUCCAAACUUGGAAUAUAUUGUACUGAACCAUUUAGAAUUCCGUUUGCUGGAAAAGUAGAAAUAUGCUGUUUUGAUAAAACUGGCACGUUAACCAAAGAUGCUUUAAUUGUUGAAGGUAUAGCUGGUGUUGAAAAAGAUAUGAUUCCAAUGAUCGAAGCCCCUGAACAUACUAUUCAAGUUUUAGCAUCUUGUCACUCAUUGGUCCAACUGGAGGAUACAUUAGUAGGGGAUCCUGUUGAAAAAGCCUCUUUGAACGCAAUAAAUUGGAUUUUGACCAAAAAUGAUUUUAUUGUACCAAAGAAAUCAAAGAUAUCGCCGUUGAAAAUAUUAAAUAGAUUUUAUUUUUCUUCGUCUUUAAAGAGAAUGUCUGUUUUAGCAUCUUAUAAAUGUGCGAAGACAACAAAUAAAAUAAUACAUAUAGCAAGUGUCAAGGGUGCCCCUGAAGUGCUGAGGUCAAUGUUACUAAAUAUUCCUAAUAAUUAUGAUAGUACAUAUCUUGAACUAGCUGGUCGAGGAGCUAGAGUAUUAGCACUCGCUAGAAAAGAAAUGACUGCCAUUCCAAAUGAUUUAAAAAAUUUAAAGAGAGAAGACUUGGAAUGUGAUUUAAAUUUUGUUGGGUUUGUAGUAGUUUCAUGUCCAUUGAAACAAGAUUCAGAGAAUGUUAUUAAAGAACUUUUGAACUCAUCCCAUAUGGUAACUAUGAUAACUGGAGAUAAUGCAUUGACUGCAUGUUAUGUAGCUAAUGAAUUAAAUUUCACACGAUCUUCAAGUCGAAUCAUUUUGACACUUUCAGAAACCAACAACAUGUGGUGUUGGAUAAGUGAUAGUUACAAAAUUCAAGUCGCAUUAAAUGGAAGUAUUAAAGAAUUAGUUGAUUCGUAUGAUUUAUGUUUGACGGGAGAUGGAUUAGCUUUCCUAAAUCAAAAUCACAAGGAUGUAUUAAAAAAAAUUUUACCACAUGUCUGUGUGUUUGCUAGAGUGGCUCCCAAAGAGAAAGAAUUUAUAAUAGUAACUUUAAAAGAAUUAGGUUAUUCCACGUUGAUGUGUGGAGAUGGUACUAACGAUGUUGGCGCCUUAAAACAUGCACAUGUUGGUAUCGCUAUACUUGCUAGAGGAAAAGAAAAGUUUAAAUUAAAGAAAGAUAUGUUUGCCAAUAAAUCAAGAAGACAAGGAGAAAAUGUUGGUGAUCAUAUGAAAAGACUAAUGAAAGAAAUAGAUGAAGAAUCUGUGACCGUGGUGAAGUCAGGGGACGCUAGUAUUGCUGCUCCUUUUACAAGUAAAUUUUCAUCUGUAACUUGUGUUUGUCAUGUGAUUAAACAAGGUCGUUGUACAUUGGUUACUACACUUCAGAUGUUUAAAAUAUUAGCGCUUAAUGCUCUUAUUGCUGCUUAUAGUCAGUCUGUACUUUAUGUUAAGGGUAUAAAAUUUAGUGAUUCUCAAGCUACACUGCAGGGAUUGUUGUUAGCAGCUUCAUUUUUAUUUAUUUCGCGGUCUAAACCUUUAAAAGUUUUAUCCAAGCAGAGGCCACUGCCAAAUAUAUUCAACAUAUAUACAAUUUCGACUGUAUUACUACAAUUUAUUAUACACUUUUGUAGUUUAGUGUUCUUAGUCCAAGAAGCUGGUAUUUAUGCGGAAAAUGAUCCUGUGAAUACUACUCUGCCGUUUUCCAAUGAAAGUUUAUUAUCCAAUAGUACAGAUUUGGAUUCGGUAGAUUCAGAUGUAGACGAAUUUAAACCAAAUGUGGUGAACAGCGCAGUAUUUAUUAUUUCCAUGGCAUUGCAAAUUUCUACCUUUUCAGUCAAUUAUCGAGGAAGGCCGUUCAUGGAAAAUUUAAUAGAAAACAAGCCAUUGUUAUACAGUACACUUGGGACAAUUAUGGUAAUAUUGUUUUUAAGUAUGGGUACUUUGCAAGGACUUAAUGAGCAAUUUGAAAUUGUUCAAUUUCCCUAUGAAUUUCGAGUUAUUUUAAUAAGUGUACUUAUUUUAGAUUACUUUGGUUCUUAUAUAAUGGACCGAUUAUGUUUGUGGCUUUUCGGUGAAGGGAAAUUUAAAAAAGUGCCUGUGUAA